AUGCCUUCUUCCAAGACCCUCCUCUCCAUGCUGGCCGGUGCCGCCACCGUUGCCGCCCACGGUCACGUCAACAACAUCGUCAUCAACGGUGCCUCGUACGCCGGUUACGAUGUCUUCACCCUGCCCUACGAGAGCAACCCUCCCGUCGUCGUUGGCUGGGCCCAGGAUGCCACUGACAACGGCUUCAUCGCCCCCUCCGCCUACGGUACUUCCGACAUCAUCUGCCACAAGAACGCCGAGAACGCCAAGGGCCACGCCACCGUCGCCGCCGGUGACAGCAUCUACCUCCAGUGGGACACCUGGCCCGAUUCCCACAAGGGUCCCGUCCUGGACUACCUCGCCGCCUGCGGUGACUCCGGCUGCGAGUCCGUCGAGAAGACCACCCUCGAGUUCUUCAAGAUUGGCGAGAAGGGCCUGAUUGACGGCUCCGCCAGCCCCGGUACCUACGCCGCCGACGAGCUCAUCGACAACGGCAUCGGUUGGUUGGUCCAGAUCCCCGAGAGCAUCAAGCCCGGCUUCUACGUUCUCCGCCACGAGAUCAUCGCCCUCCACUCCGCUGGCAACGCCGACGGUGCCCAGAACUACCCCCAGUGCUUCAACCUCGAGAUCACCGGUUCCGGUACCGAGGUGCCCACCGGUACCUUGGGUACUGAGCUCUACAAGGCCGAUGACGCCGGUAUCCUGUUCAACAUCUACACCUCCCUCAGUACCUACCCCAUCCCCGGUCCUACCAUGAUCGCUGGUGCCACCGAGGUUGAGCAGGCCAGCUCUGCCAUCGCUAGCAGCGCCGAUCCCACCACCGGCACUGCUCUGGCCACUGGUGCCGGCUCCGCCGUUGCCACUUCCGCCGCCGCCGUUGCAACCUCCGCUGCUCAGCCGCCGCCGCAAGUCCAAGCGCAGCAAGAAGGCCCGCGCUGCCCGCGACAUUGCUCCCCUCGGCGUCUAAGCAUCGACGAGAAUCCGCGAGACUCACCCCAAUGA